GUGACACGGGUUAUUGAAGGGAAUACAUGUUUUAAUGGCUUGAAACUGUGACAGAUCUCAGACCUCUUCAUAUCUACCAGGACACUGUUGGGCUGGAAUGAUAAGAAACCCAUUUAGUCGUCUGGCACAGGGCCCCCGGUCCGAGAAGCCGUGCACAAGCCCCCACCACAGAUGGAGCUGUGUGCACCUCUGGAGACGUCAGUCAAGUUUAGUCCAGAAUCAGAGGCAGGGCUGAGUCAGUCUGCAGGAACCAGGAAGUGUGUCUAUCUCUGACUCAACAAAGUACGGCGGAGAACAGGACCAGAAUGUCCGCGUCUGCUUCACUGUCGGAGCUGAGGCUGGUGGUGCUGGGCCGGACCGGGGCAGGAAAGAGAUCAGCAGUCUGCACCAUCCUGGGCCUGCAAGACUCCGAGCAGGGCGAAGACCCAGCAGUCACACAGGAGUGCAGCAAGCACCGAGGACAAGCAGCAGGCAGACAGGUGGCGGUAGUGUCCAGCCCCCCCUGGUUCGGCUCAGAGUGUAACCCAGAGGGGAGGAGGAAACACAUCUCCUCCUUUAUUGCCUUAUCCAGCCCUGGACCACAUGUCUUCCUGCUGUGUGUCCCUGUGAACCAGCCUGCUGAUGGAGAGGCCAAGGCCCUGGCUGUCCUCAACAAACUGUUUGGCCCCUCUGCAGUGAGCAGACACACCAUCGUCCUCUUCACUCACAUGGAGGAGUUGGAGGAGGAUGAGCAGCUGGACGAAUACCUCACCACAUGGCGCCAGGACCUCCUGGAGCUGGUGGGAAAAUGUGGCAACCGCUACCACACCCUGGAAACCCGCGGUGAAGAACCAGGGAAUAGCACAACUGUUGAGGAGCUGCUGGAGAAGGUUGAACAGGUGUUGAGAGGGAGCGGUGCACAACACCUGAGCUGCCCCCUGUACCAGGAGGCCGAGGACAGGGUGAGGAAGAGGCAGGUGGAGAUAGUGAGGCAGCGCAGAGGAGAGGAGCCAAGUGAAUCCUCGUCAGAAGUCGUGACAGAAGAGGAAAUGGAAACGGUGCGGGAGGAGGCGGAGAGCAGCAUCAGUGACCUGGACGUGGAUAUUGACGGCAUUUUCCCCGCCACCAGCGUCUCCCAGGCGUCCUCCUUUCCCUGGAGCCUCUGGGAGAAGCUGAAGAGCUGGCUGAGCUGGCUGCCUACACUGGUGAGGAGGGAGGCCUUGUUUGGAUCCCUGGUUGGCCUGUUUGUGGGGGGCCAGUAUGGAGGGAUGCUGGGCACCACUGUGGGAUCUGUUGCUACUGAGAUGGGGAGAAGGAAGACAGAGAAAACUAAAUAGGAGGUCACCUCAUGUGGAUGUAUGUUGCAUUAAGUUGCACUGGUCACUAGUGUCACUGAGUUAUGGGCUGGUCAGAAUAGCAUUUAUUCUUAUUUUCUGCCAGGAACCACUCUGUAUUUUCUACUGGUUUUAUUAAUGGUGAAUAAAUGAUUUUUCAUAGAUCAGAAAAAUGAAGAAGAAAUUAAGAAUCCCUUUGGCUGCUGUUGAUCUUCCUCUAGCACACCUUGCUGUCUCCAUUUAGGUUAGUGAUUCAUCUUGAUGGCUUAAACUCAGCUACUAAAUGUAAACGAUUCAUUAAUCAUCUGACAGUAAAACCUGAUGAACCAGCAGAUUUUUGGCCAAAGACAAACACAACACUGACAUAUGUUAGCAAACAGCUGCCCACAUCCAUCCAUUAUCUCGAAAACCAAUCGAG